CAGUGGGACAUUUUUUUAUUUUAUUUGGGUGGUCUGUGGGCGCCCUUCCGUUACAACAAAGGAAAGUGCAGGGGGAGGUACAGUAGUUAUGUGACGAAGGGGAGCAACAUCUGUGGUUGAAGAUGCCAUCUGACACAUUGAGCCCCACUGUGAUAAACAGAGAGAGUGGGAUUUCCUUAAAUGUUUUGUCAUGAGUAAUGACCUGCCGACACCCCCCCACACAGUUUCUGCAUUUGACAAAUGUCUGAGUGCUAUGUUGCUGGUACAGAGUAUCUCUCAAAUAGCAAGGGAAUUCAGACUUUUUAACUUCCUUUAAAUGUGCAGUAACUCUAUUCAUUGUUGCUUGUUGUUGUUAGAUACACAAACUUCUCCUUCCUCAAAUAUUGAAUGACCGUUGCAGGUGCUUUCACUUUCCCUACAGUGCGAGUUGGUAGGUCACAGUGGAGAAUUCACGGGGAAAUUUAGCCGCUGGCUGGGGGAGUUUCCAUUGCAGCAGAGGCGGGGUAAAAAAAGGGUUUGAUCUACGAGUGAGGGCUUGUGGUCAUGAGUGGUACAAGUGAUAUUAUGUCAGUGUGCUGAAAGUGUUAGUACAGUAGGAGUUGUAGAGCAGUAAACAUAAGUAGUUUUAAUAGUAGUCUGUACAAAGAUUACCUUCACAGCUUUGUUCCGGACACCUUUCUGUUCUCUACCAAACAAAGAAAAAUGAAGUUGCUAGAGCUGGGGGACUCCAUCAGUCGCUUCAGAUUUUCUCAGUCCUUUGUGGGGCUGGCAGGUUGCCUGUGUGUGUGCUAUGCGGUCUGGACACCAUUUUGGCUGAAGGAGGGGGGACUCUGGACUGAGUGGAAUAACACUAAAAGUGACCAGACCUUUCGCAAAGACGGCACUGUCUUCAAUGCGCUGGAAGCAGAGAGAGUAUUUGGAGUCCUCUCCUUCCUCAUGGCUGUGAGCACUGGUGCUCUGUGUCUGGUGUUUGCCCUCUGCUGGACAUCUAAGACGGUGCGCUCCUACUCCAACACUCGCUCUCUCCUCAUGGCAGGACAGGCGCUCUACCCCACCACACUGCUGCUGCUAACCAUGGCCUCUACAGGUUUCUUCUUCCUCCUCAGCUGGUCUCUUUUCACUUAUCAGCACCGGGAAGAAAUCAGUCAAGACUUCUCCAGCCUCGGCUCCUCCUAUUGGCUAGGGGCAUUAGGGUGGGUUCUGCUGCUGGUGGUGGAGACGAUAAUCUUUAUAGCUGAACAAGCUGUUGUGCCAGACAUCCUACCAGACCUAGAGAAGUCUGUGGAGUCGUGGCGUGUUUCCUCUCAACUUAAGGCACGCUCGUUUAGCGAUAGUUAUCACCCAGGUUACAGUAAAAUGACUCCAUAGAGGUUCAACACCAUGAGUGGAGUGCAGAAAAAAAGGACAUGACAGAGAAAAUGAAUGUGAAUGUGUAAGGUACACAUUAGUGCACGCACAGACUCAAUGAGAAACCAGCAAUUCCUUGCUGCUGUAUAGAUCUGUACAACCAGACGGAAUAUUGAUUAACUGUGUUUGGAGUUCAAUGUUAGCUAAAGGAAUUAAGAUUCUGGAAGUCAGAGAGACUAAAGGCUCCGGCUUCCUGAAGAGCGCAUUGUGACGGCCAUUCUCCUGUUUGUUUUCAGUAUUUGCUGAUAUAAAAAACACUAAAGACAGGCAAUGCUGGCAGGGAAGAUGAACUGUCUUCUGACAAAGUGAUGUGCAGAAUGUAUAAGUUCUGAAGUUUAUAAAUCUUUGUCCAGGUUUGCCCUUUUUUAUAAGUAGGUGCUGCAAUGUAGUUGAUGAAUGUUAAAAAAGCAUCAUCUUGUGAUGUUUUAAACAAAAGACAAUCUAUCUUUUUAUUUUUUUUAUUUUAAAUGUUUUAUUUUUUCUGUUGAAAUGUGAGCUACAGGUUUUGUUAUAUGAUGUAUAGGGGCAUCAUGAGUAUUGUCAAAUACUACUGGCAACUACACAUUGUGUUCCUUUUUUUGUUUUCUUAUAAAAUAUGUCCUGUUUGUUAAUGGUGAGCAAUAAAUAACACAAAUGAGCAUACGCUUUUUCAGGCAUCAGUUAUUUUAUUGCCAAUUAUUUAAUUAUAUGGAUACCAAAAUCUACUGCAUGUACAUGUUCA